AUGAGUGAAUUUGACAAGAACUACAACCCUGUUCCUAAAAACAUGAAUGGUGCUUUUUACGCUGACUGUUUGGGACUGCUACCCCAGCAGUUGAGGAUCUGCACCCAGAACGAGACGCUAUCGAUAUGUAUUCCUGAUGAAAGAUGUAACCCUGGUGAUAUAUGUAUUUCUGAAGAUAUAUGUAUUCAUUUGAAUGAUGUAAUCCUUAUGUGUACUCCUGACCGGAUGAGAGACGUACUACUGAUAAAAGAUUUACUUCUGAUGAAAGAUGCUCCGCAUGAAAUAUGUACUCAUGAUGAAAUAUGUACUUUUGAUGAGAGAUUUACUCCUGAUGAGAGAUGUACUCCUGAUAAGAGGUGUACUCCUGAUGAGAGGUGUACUCCUGAUGAGAGAUGUACUCCUGAUGAGAGGUGUACUCCUGAUGAGAAGUGUACUCCUGAUGAGAGGCGUACUCCUGAUGACAGGUGUACUCCUGAUGAGAGAUGUACUCCUUAUGAGAGGUAUACUCCUGAUGAGAGGUGUACUCCUGAUGAGAGGUGUACUCCUGAUGAGAGAUGUACUCCUGAUGAGAGGUAUACUCCUGAUGAGAGGUGUACUCCUGAUGAGAGGUAUACUUCUGAUGAGAGGUAUACUCCUGAUGAAAAGUGUACUCCUGAUGAGAGAUGUACUCCUGAUGAGAGGUGUACUCCUGAUGAGAGGUAUACUCCUGAUGAGAAGUAUACUCCUGAUGAGAAAUGUACUCCUGAUGAGAGAUGUAUUCCUGAUGAGAUGUAUACUCCUGAUGAGAGGUGUACUCCUGAUGAGAGGUAUACUCCUGAUGAGAGGUAUACUCCUGAUGAGAAGUGUACUCCUGAGGAGAGGUGUACUCCUGAGGAGAGGUGUACUCCUAAUGACAGGGAAUGA